AUGUUGAGAAGAGCUCUGGCGUUAUCUAUCGAAUUAGACAAGGAGCUCAAGCAACUUGAAGACUGGUCAACUUACAACGACCGAACGCUAUCCACUAAUACCCAUCGCACGAGCAAAUUUCCUGCUACCGACAAAGCUGUUGCAAGUUAUGGUAAGAAUGUAGAUACAAUUGAUCAAAAAAAUGCUGAUUCAAAAAAGGGCUAUCAAGGCCGAAGCUGUAUCGGUGUGGGGCGAGAUCAAGGUCAUCAUCAUCAUCAUGCACGUCUGGCGACAGCGUUACAACGUCCUGAGAGCCGAACUGGCCAUGGAUUAGUCCGGAGACAUAAUCGAGUAGUCAUACCGUGUAAUUAG